AUGCAAGAACCGAUUCACGAAGUCGAUUCUUACUUAUUGGUUUAUUUGGACGAAAGGGCUGCGAGUUUGCCGCCGUUUGUGUUAACAUCGUUGUGCCAGCUUUUUGCGCGGAUAACGAAGCUUGGCUGGAAUGACUACGAUUCGGACAAUAAUGCAUUCCCGUUUCGUGAACCGCUUUUCUCAAUCCUCAAAUAUGCUGAAAAAAAUUCGGACAAAGGACCAUUAGCAGUUCAGUUGCUGGCGCAGCUGGUUUCGGAUAUCAAUUCGUCGGCAGGUUUUGAUUCACUUAUAAAACAGCGGAAGACGGCAACCAUUUUUCGUGAUGAGCAUCUAUUUGACAUUUUCAAAUUAUCCACUUCAGUGCUCCAGAAAACUGUGAGUGGUGGUACGAGCCCAAGGCAGCUUUCCACAGUUAAUGGAUUGUUGCAACUUUCUUUAAAUUGCCUCUCAUUUGAUUUCGUUGGCAGUGUAUGUGAUGAAACAAGCGAGGAUAAUGCAACUGUCCAAGUGCCGACUUCUUGGAGAAUUGGUCGCGUUUUGCCACUCAGUGUCGAAAAUAAAGAGUGCUGUAUAAUUGGUAUGGUGGCUUGUCAGUUGACCUUCAGCAUACGGUUCCUCGAGAAGGCCAGCGCAUCGUCAUUGUUAGUGAGUGCUCUGCGCUUGCAUCCAUGA